AAAAAUUAAGGUUUAUAUAGCAUUUUAUAAAUUAGAUCCGUAUUUAAUGAAGUGUGAACGAGCAUGAAUGGUAAUCGAGCUGUUAAUAUUGGCACGGGCGCUUGACACUGAAUUCUACAUAAUCGGCCAAGUGAGUCUCUGGUAUGUGCCGUCUCUUUCUUUCGGUGUAUGGGUGAAAGGGACGAACGACCGGCAGUUUUCCUUUCUCGGAGCUUAUACGUCACAGAACAUUUCUCCGGGCGCGAGCCGCGGUUAUAUCAAAUCAGUGUUGAGUUUACGUUGGUGUCGUCUGCAUUUUUAGGGCUCGCCCGUGAUUUCUAAUAAUUGUUUUAAUUGUUCAUGAACGCUUGGUGAGGUGUGCCGGGUUUUACUAGUGUUCCCAUACAAGUGUGCUGGUAUAGAAGUUUUUACAAGAAGCCAGGGAGCGAGCCUUCAAGAUGAAGCUCUCCCUGAUUUUUGAGCUUCUGCUUAUAUUCGUGCUACUAGCCUUCGCAGCCUCGAAGUCUGUCAAAAAUCAAAGUGGCGUCAAGAAACAGAUCCAGAACCGCAACGACGGCGGUGACAAGGUGGAGGAGAGCACAAUCAACAAGUACUGCAAGUGUGCUGAAGCCUACUGCAACUGUUGCAGAGAUUUCACCCUGCCAUAUGUGAGCUUGGACGGCCCAGGAUGUGCAUCCCUGAUGUACCUAAAUGGCGAUAAGAUGGCAGUCUCAUUGAGCUUCGGAAGGAAAGUUAUCACCAACAAGACUCUUUCGAGUCGCAAGCCAAGCCCAGUGUGCAUGCCAUUACCGGGCGGUGUAUCGAAGUUCUGCGGAAGAGUGUACAACAUUGCCAGAAGUGGAGAAGAAUUCCGAGCUUGCCUCGGCUUGGAACUUCAAACUAGGAAAACCGUCGAAGCCGCCGUUAGAGUAUCCUGCUUCAAGUUUGGACCACGAGGAGUCCAUUCGGAGCCGGCGGAUCCGCUGCCCUUAGUCCCUCAAGAUGAGAAGGGCAGUGACGACGACGACGAUGAUGAUGAUGAUGAUGACGAUGACGACGAUGACUUUGGUCUGGGUGGAGACGACGAUGAUGCUGACCUUGACGGCAUCAAUGAUGUAGACAGCGCAGACUACACAGGAUUUAGUAUUUUGGGAGAAGAUUUACUAGGAGACCUUUUCGGUUCCUCGGAUAGUAAGAAACCGAGUAAGCAAAGAAAGAAGCAAGCACUCAAGCAGGCACAAUCGACUACAACUAAGAGACCUCGUCCCUCUCGGCGUCCAACCAGGAGACCGAGUUCCAGAGUUACCACACAAAGAACUACCUUAAAAACUACUACGGUGAAAGUUCGUCCAGUAAACAGAAGAACACGUAGACCUACCAGGAAACCAAAUCGCCGACGACCUACUACUUCUCUUGCCACUGAAAGCACUUUGGCAUCAACCUUAUCUACAACAACAACAACAACAACAGCAGCAACACCUACAACAAUGGGUCCUCUCGUUACAAGCCCUUCAACAAUUAGUGCGCAAACAACAAGGCGUAUUCAGUAUAUGAGUACAGCGCAGGAUGAUACUUAUGAACCUGUCGUAAUUGUCACCCAAAAGCCUGUAUCGACUUUAUCUGCAUCUACCCCGAAACCAGCCACCAAUUUUGAAGAUCCUGGUCUAGAGAUGUCUUUGCAACGCAUCACUGGUCAGCUAUCAAUUAUGCCUCAAUCAACUAUAAUAUCAGAAAAUGCUAAACAAUCUAGCAUGAUGACUACUAGCCACGAUCUGAGCGGUUAUGAAAAAGUGGAGACGUUCACUCCUAAGGGUACUACAAUUCCAUUCGCAACCACUUUAGAAGACCAUGUUAACGAUGAUAUGGUACAGAUUGUCCCCAACCUUGAUUCUAGUUCUGAAGAGUAUGCUACAGAAAAAGAGAAGAUAGCUGCGCAAGAAAGUAGAGGUCAUGAACUAUUAGGACACUAUGAAGGUCUUGCCCUGUCAAAAAAAAGAGGCAAUGAGUUCACCAUGGAAGAUCUAGAUGUGUUAGAUUUGGGCCAAAUUGGACAAACUGUAGGAGACCAGUUAGGUUUAUUCGAAAGAAAAAAGAGACAACAACGAGACAAAAAUAAGAACAAAAAUAAGGUACGUGAUGAAGACAAAGACGAUGGCGGAGAUUAUGAUGUUCUAGGUUUGGAAGAUAUUGGCGAUACUGUUGGACAUGAACUAGGAUUGUUUGGUAACGAUAAAAAAGGAAACAAAACUAAAAAACCUAAACCGCCGGGUAGUCAAAAAGAAGAUGAUUACGAUGUUUUAGGUUUGGACGCUAUUGGAGAAUCAUUGGCCCUGGAAAGAUCAGUUAAGCAAAAUAGAAGGGACAGGAGAAGACAGAAUAAAAUGAUGCGCGGUGAUUGGUCUCAAGUAUGACGGCAACGUCACCCUAGCUCUAAGUAGUCAUGUAGAAAUUAUUUAUUUUCCCCUAAUUUAUUUAUUGACUGUGUAAAUAGUACAUUAAUGUAAGUGGUUCUGU